AUGACCCAGAGUCUAAACUCUACCUGGGAGGGCCUGAAUCCGCUCAAUUUCUCAAACCAGGAAAAUCUUCUGUUCCACCAGAACAUCACCUAUGUCGACUUCUACCUCCACAAGUCCUCUGUGGCUGUUGUCUUCACCGUCUCCUACCUGCUCAUCUUUGCGGUGUGCAUGGUGGGAAACGGGGUGGUUUGUUUCAUCGUGCUGCGGAGCAAGAACAUGCGCACGGUCACCAACCUGUUCAUCCUCAACCUCGCCAUCAGCGACCUGCUGGUUGGCAUCUUCUGCAUGCCCACCACGCUGGUGGACAACAUCAUAACAGGAUGGCCGUUUGGCAGCGUACUGUGCAAGCUCAGCGGGAUGGUUCAAGGGAUAUCAGUGUCAGCGUCUGUGUUCACUCUGGUUGCAAUCGCUGUUGACAGGUUUCGCUGCAUCGUCUACCCUUUCAAGCAGAAGCUGACCAUCCCCACUUCAAAGCUCAUUAUUGUGGUCAUAUGGGUCCUGGCUGUGUCCAUCAUGUGUCCCUCGGGGGUGAUGCUGCAGGUCACAAAGGAGCACAGGGUGAGGAUAAUCCUCGGGCACAAUGACACCCAGCCCUUCUACUGGUGCAGGGAAAAUUGGCCCAAUCAGGAGAUGAGGAAAAUCUACACCACAGUCCUCUUUGCUAACAUCUACCUCGCUCCCCUAAGCCUCAUCGUCAUCAUGUAUGCUCGCAUCGGCUUCACACUUUCCAAGACUACUAUUCCUACGGGGAGUGGAAGUGGAAGCGAGUCUGAGAAGGGCGCUGGCAACAACAAACCGACCAUGGAGGGUCGUCAAACAAUUUCAAAGAAGAAGACCCGCGUGAUCAUGAUGCUGCUGGUCGUGGCUUUGCUGUUCAUCUUGUCCUGGCUUCCUCUGUGGACGCUGAUGAUGCUGAGCGACUACGCCAGCUUGACGGAGCACCAGUAUCGCGUCAUCAACAUCUACGUGUAUCCGUUCGCCCACUGGUUGGCAUUCUUCAACAGCAGCAUCAACCCCAUCAUCUACGGGUUCUUCAAUGAGAACUUCCGCCGAGGCUUCCAGGCCGCUUUCAAAUUCCAGCUGUGUUCCGUCGGCAUCGAGCGGCAGAAGAUCUACUCCCAUCGGAUCCGAGGGAACGCGGUGCUCCCGUUCCAACCGCCCGCCUUCCAUAGGUUGGGUUCAAGAGGCGGCUCGGUGUUAGCGAGGAAUGGGAAUUGCGCGGGACAGGAGGGAAGUAGCUUGCAUGGCAGAAGCGAUAACAAAGAACAUGACCUGAUUAUGGAGGCUGUGGAACAGGCGUUCCAGAUUUGA